CCUAUGCCAGGUACCAGCAAAGCCGAAUCUGCGAGCCAUGCCCUUUCGUUCUUUCUGUAGUAGCUGCUAUUUGUUUCCCUUCUGCUAGAAAUUGACCCCUCUUAGGAUCUACCACCACCGGUUACAAGAUUACCAUAUCUUUGGCUUUAGCAUUUGAUUUUGGUUGAACCAGGACCAUCUGAGAUGCGAACCCUCUAACAAAGUAGAGGAUCAAAACAGCAUCUUUAGAAUAGAGUAAGCCUCUGGCAGCUCUAUGGGUCUUGACUACAUCGAGGGGAACAAGGGCUAUGAAAGAAAAACCAACAUAAUCGAUCUUUCAGCAUCUUCAAACCGACGUAACGAAAAUCAAAAGAGGUCUGUCAAAUGCCCCAUUUUCUUUUGUUUUGCUUUUGGAUUAUGUCAUAUGUUUUUCUUGUUUGCCGUAGGAUGCCCAUAAAUUCUAACUUUUCUCAUUAAUUUAAACUUUAGUCUGUACAAUUAACAAAUAAUUGUACGUAUGCACAGGCCAUUACAUUGCUUUUCCAUCUUAACCAAGGAUAUUUGCAUCGAUAGGCCUGCCUGCGCUAAGCAAUUCCUAGUCGGAACGAAUGGUUAUGUGCUUGUGUUUUCAGACUUCGGCUUGCCCUUUUACUAUUUUUUUUUUUUUUUUUUGUGUUUUAACCACUCCAAAAUUCUUUUGGACGCGGACCAUAUUCCUUGAGAGCCAGCAAAUUCUGGAAGGGAUCAUGAUGGCAUGACGCAAGUCAUAGAAAAUUGGAAUCUUUCCUCCACUGUUUCGCGAAAAGUGGCCAUCACAGUGGGAGCAUUUGCCAACUUGGGGUUGAACUGGGGAGGGUGUAAAAGUUUCUCCAAACAUAUCAUUGGAGGUUUUUGGAGGCUGGAGCUCUAUUUUCACAAUGAUAUAUAUAUGGUAGUAUAACAAAUAUACGACUGCAGAAGUUAAGCUCAAAAAUUUGGUACACAAUUCGGCUAAAAGUUGCAUGAUGCACAAUUCUAUUGUUGCACAAGAAAAGUAGAUCAAUUAAUCACUGUGCUUUGCUCAAUGGCUACCACCAAAGCCUGUAAGAUUUGACGGGGCGGGAGAUCAAUGACUCAAAAUUUGUCCCACCAUCUAUCACUAUAUGUGAUCUGUCACUUUAAAUGAUUCCAGACGGACGGUGGUGAUGGUUUUUUCUUGGUUUCUUCAGGCCUCCCUUCUCAUAGUAUAGAAUAAAUAUAUGUCUAUCGUGUCUCAAAAAAAAAAAAAAGAAAGAAAAGUAGAUCAAUUGAAAUUUUAUACCCAGAACGAAAUAUUCUUACAACAAUAAGGUCUAUACGUCUCAAACAUUAUUAUUCCCACACAAUCGAUAAAUUUGCACGCUUGGAAGAUUAAAAGCGCAAAGUCCUGUGCAGGUUGAAGUUGUACCUGCCUAGGCCAGGAGUAUGGCAUUAGGACACGCCUUAUCAACUCCCAGCCCCCCACUUUGACGUUGCUGCAAAGUCAAUCUCAGAAGCUCAAGGCAUAUCUUAUUCCAUAUCAAAGAUGCCAAAGCGCUGACUCCGGAACCACUUUGCUUCUCUCCAUCGACAGACAGAGACAAUGUGGAAAAUCUUUAUAUUCCUCUUCGGGUAUAAAUAGACAGAGAGAUACCAGUGGCAACAAAAGAAUCAAGGUCAGAGCCUGUCUCUGUAUCUUUUGCUUCUCUUCACCCCACUCCUCCAUUCUAAUAGGCUCCCCCUGCAUUUGCAUUAUUGAUUAUACUACAAGAUUAAAAAUCUCUUCCAAAAGUCAGCGCCGUCCUCCUCGGGCCCCCUCUGAUUUUUCCACCUUUUGUCUCCCAUCUCCAAUUUGCAAAAUGCUACAGUACGCUAGUGGACAGGACAACACUGAUGAUUUUUAGCAUUAAGGAAAAAGGGGAAAAAAUAAAGCCUGUGCCCGUGCCCGUGCCCGUGCCCGUGCCUGUGCCCCUUUGUCUGUUUGUAGUUUUUUUUGGACUCUGAAGCCAAGCGUAAGCAGAGUGGUGGGAUUGGAGAACUGGAGGUGUGUGCACUAAGUAGUGUAUAUCCCGGCCCUGAUGAAUCGUUCAACAUAUGGCUGAUGACUGGGACUUGUAUGCGGUGGUGAGGAGCUGCUUCAACGCCGCUGCUACAUCAACAGCCUCCUCAUCCACUACGACUGACGCCGCCAUAGCCCCUGUUGAGAACAGCAGCCUGCCAUCGGGGGAGACGUCGUUGUCGGCGUCAUUCCUAGCUUCCCCUUCAUUUCAAAGUGGCCACACUUCAUCUGAUUUUCCGGGCUUUGCAAAUCACACGAGGGACUCCUUUCGGGGACUCGAAGAAAUUUACAAGGAACCGUACGAGGAUAUAGUACAAUCUUUCGUCGACCUUAAUUCACACGCUCAGCACAUCCAAGCAAUCCAAGGCCCUGGAUGCACAGCAGAUCAGACACCUCAACAGCAACGGAUAUAUGGACAACCACAGCAGCUGAUGCAGCAACCGCAAAGAUAUUCACACCUCAGCCGUGAGAUGUUUGUUGGUGCUUCCCUUUCUUUUCCAUCUACAAGUCCUCAGCCCGAAAGGCCGCGAAGAAGGAAAAACCAGCAGGCCAAGAGGAUUCAACAAAUGACACAAGAAGAAUUAUCAGCUGAUUCAUGGGCCUGGAGAAAAUACGGUCAAAAGCCAAUUAAAGAUUCCCCGUAUCCAAGAAACUACUACAGAUGUAGCACCUCGAAAGGAUGUACAGCGAGGAAACAAGUGGAGCGAUGCCCUGCGGAUCCUAGCAUGUACGUGGUCUCAUACAGCGGGGAACACUCGCACCCCCGUCCUACGCACCGGAGCUCCCUCGCUGGUACUACCCGCAGCAAAGUACCUCCCGCUGCCGCUGCCGCCGCCAGGCCCCCCACCACCACCACCGCUACUACUACUUCCACCACUAAUAUCCAUAACAUUGCCUCCUCAUCAAUAGCUUCUUGUUCUUCAUCAUCUCCAGCCUCUGCUUCCAGUUUCUCUCCAACCGCCACGCCCAUAACAGAAGGCGACAGUGGCGUAGACGAAAAUGUGGAUCAAGAGACUGCAGAUAACGAAAACAACAACAGCUACGGCGCAGAAUUAUUAUUGUCAGGGGAGGAGGAGGUAGAGGGGUGGGCGGAUGAUGGUGAUGACGAUGAUGAAAAUGAUGGCGAUGGGAACGGGGAUGAUGAUAUUCUCAUUCCUAACUAUGCUCUCGUGAAUGAUGAUCGUUUCUUCAAGGGCUUGCAUUUUAAGAACUAAAGUCUGAAGUGGUAGCCUGGUGAUAACUCGCAGUCGUACGUGACGUGGUAGUGAAGAUUUUGUUCUCAUCGCCUGCUGCGACGGCUGCUUAGUAGUUGGCCCGGGAACUUCGAGACAUUUGGACUUGGACAUCCGCAAGCUGUUGCUUGCUCAGUGGCCGGCUGCCCAAUUAAUGAGGUGAUCCUGAAAGAAAUAAAACUGUGUUUAUCCUCCACCCAACUUUCUUGUUUUCUUUUAGCCUGUGAUUCCUUUGGAUUUGUGACUUCAGCUUUGUCAAAGUAUUAGCAGCUUAUAAAGAUCAGUCGGUCGUGUGCUUGUUGGGUGAAGUUUUGUAUAGAAUAAAAGGUGCCCAGCCACGAGCCAACCAUCCCAUGGAGUCAAAUUUUGAGUCUGUCCUGGAAUUCCUAAAAGAGACGAUUCUAUCUUUCAUCAUCGUUGAGGAGCUCAUGGGACAAACAUUCCCCGCAAUUUCACCUGGAAAA